AUGCAGCAGCCCAACCAACAUCAUGGCUGGCAAGGCCACCAACCUGGCGGCCGCCCCCUGGAUUCCACAGGAUGGCCCUCAAAUGACUUGUCUCGUCAGAAUGACUGGCCCUCGCAGAUGGCUCAUAUACCAGCUAGGAAUCCAAGCGAAGGAGGUACCAAGAGGAAGGACGUGAUGGGCUCGUCGGACCUCGAGAUAGCGGCUACCGGGGCAGGUGCCGUCGGCGCUUCUUCAAGCACGAUGCCUCACCAGCAAGGUAUUGCAUACAUCUCGCAAGACGUACGGAAUGAAGCUGAUGUAGGAGGAUACUACUUUGAAAGUGGGGCAGACUCGUAUAGCGAGAACAGAGGGCAUUCUGGAACGGAGGGGGCCUCUUCCUCUGGCCUGUAUACGGGCCACCUUCCGAAAGCACAGCCGACCGAACCAUCAUUGAGAAGAGGAAUGGCGUGCAAGUUCUGUCGCCGGCGCAAACUUCGAUGCUCUGGCGAACGGCCGAUUUGUUCCAGCUGCGUCAAAUACAAACAGGUCUGUGAGUAUCAGAGGCCGCCCAAGAUUCCCAGGUCUCAGCCCGCGGAGAGCAGCACAUCAACCGGACUGUCAGACUUUGUCCACCAACCUGUCAUCCCCUGUUUCCAGUCGGCCUUCAGUUCGCAACCUUUUGCCAAUACCGAAAAUGUGCCCUCGGCUACUCCUUUCCAUCAGGAUUUGCCGGGCCCAUCCAGCUGCGCUCCGGCUUCAAACAUCUACCAGCCUGAUUAUACGGUGACCCAUCGACCAUUCGACAUCAGCAUUAUCAACAUGCCCCCUAGCACUCUUCCAUUCAGCCCCCCCGAUCAUUCCAGCAUUGGUUCCACAUCUGUCUUUGGUGCACCUGUGGACCCUACGUCAGACAUUCACUUCCAGCAGUUCCCCCAAUAUGCAGCAGAGCCCUCCUCGUAUUCCGCCACGAGGUUGAGUUCUUCGUCUCCAUCGUCCUUCCUUCCACAGGGGCCGCAAGGACACAGCAUCAAUACUGUCCUUUCCGAUGACUUUCCGUCUCCGACCGCCCCACGAAAUAGCUACAGUGGGGCCAGGCCGUCAUUACCAAUGUCUCAGCCGGCGAUACCAAGCAAUUCCUGUGCUCCCGCGAUGCCUGCUCCCACGCCAGACUUUUCAUUUGUUGCCGACAAUGCAUUCACCGCAAUGCCCCUGGUAGCGACUCAGCCAUACAGAAGUAAUACUGACUUUUCUAGUUUCACUCAUUCCUCGGCUUCACCUAGGGUUACGAAUAUCCCUUCGUCAACGCCUUCUUCAACCACGUUGAACGCCGCUGUCCCGCCAGUCGGCGAUGCCCCUGCCGAAUAUCCAGCAGGUGCCAGCAUGCGUUUUGUCUCGGACGAGUCUGAUCCUGUCGAUAAUAUCACGGAGCGCCUGGGAGAGUUCUUAUUCAGUCACAAUGAGAGCCCUGUAACUACUGGAGACAACACAGCAGCCGGAUCUCCCGAAGAUCGGGACGCGCAAAAGAGAAGAAGGCUUUCCAAAGCGAAAGCUGGCCAAGGAUGGGCUGGUAGUGGUCCGCAGAAGACAUCGCUUCUACACAACAGGGUAGAGUCGGACGGUCUGCAAGACGAGCACAGGAAUAUGUUAUUGGAUUGCUUUUUGGAGCACGUCCGAUUGUUCUUUGAAAUGAGUAUUCCUCGUUUCAGAUAUCGCAUGACCUUCUUGGACAAACGAAGGCCCCAUCUGACCCUAUUGAAUGCGAUGUAUCUGUGGGCUUCUCGGCUAUCGCAGGCGCCCAACCCAGUGGCACUCGAGCAGCAUUUUUAUGCCGAGGCUCUUCGCCACUUGGACGCGGCGGCGGCGAGUAACGAUAGAUUGGUAGACGCCAUACGAGCGGCGAUGCUCCUCAGUGCCUACACCUAUACGAAUGGGAGACACCACGAGGCAAGGUUGGCUGGUCGCGGGAAUUGCUGUCCGACUGGUGCUUUCAAGCGGCUUACAUCCUGGUGUGUGUAUUCAAUAGAAAGGUGUGGUGCAUUAGCCACUGGAUUCCCUUCGUCCCUCAAUGAUGGCGACAUCAUCACCCCAUUCGGUCGACCUAUAGACGAAAUAGCAUCUCAAACGGUCACCUCUGCAGAUGAUACCUCCGUCCGUGAUUUAUACCGAGGUCACAUACCGGCACAUCCCCAGGGAGAUAGCCCCUACGUGAGAUGGGUAAAAGCUGUUACGGUCUUGGAACGUACAUCGAAGCUCGCGUUCCUUGAUCCCGAUGAUGACUCUGAGUACUCCCGGGUGUGGACAGAGUAUGCCAACCUCUCGUCUUCGCCAAGCUCUGCCCCACCAGCUUCACUCCCUCCAUCAUGGCUCAAUCAACCCAAAUACAGAAACCCGAAAGAUUACAACGAGUGUUCCUUUGCGCUCGAACAGCUCCGCAGAGAGCUCGGAGUGGAUGGGAUAUUCCCUGUGGAGAGAAAGAACAGAGCAAAUAAUGAAGGGAUUGAACUCGUUUUCGGAAGCAAGAUAGUUUUAUUGCAUCAUCAUUUUGCAUCCAUAGAGAUGCUGCUGCACGAUAUAAAUUCCAUCGAUGCCGACAACUCUGUGGCUGUCAGUGCUGCUCAACGAAGUGUCGCUCUGUUCAGACACCUUCCCGAGAUAUCCUUCUUUGAGGUCGACGCUGAAAUUGUGCUGGUGUGGUGUAUGACUGCCAAACUACUGAUCAAGGAGCUCGACCGAUUCGCCCGUCAGGGUGAUCCCAUAUCUUGUCAAAGUCUGGGUGACGAUGUCGACUGUAUCAUCAACGAGCUCUAUCGAGUCGGGUAUGUAAUGCACAUGUCGCGAACCCAAGGCAAAGCGAUGGAAGACCUCAAAAAGGCCGCCUUAGCAAACCUCAAACAGGUGUAA